AUUUUAAAUUAAUUGCAGUCGCAAGUUCUGCGGGCCAAUUCCAAGCACUAGAUAAAAGAACAUUCGAUAUAACAGUCUUCCUUACUGGGAAAUUGGGCAAUUAUGCAAUAUCACCGGACCAGAGUAUGAACAUGUUAAGAUCAAACUCAAACAACUCCAAAUCGUCAGAUAGAGUAGCUUUAUUUUCGAAUAGUAAUAACGAUACUACUUCUUCUUUAGGAAGAAAAGUAAAACAUGAAACUGACACACCAAGCCAAUUUGAACAACAAAAUGAUUAUCGAUUAGAUGAGUUGAAUUCAAAACUUUCGGCUUUGCAUAAA